CCUCUGUAGCCCUACUCAACAUCUCAUCGCGCGAUAGUCUCAUCUUGCAUUUCUGGCCACCAUUGUAUCACCUAUAGGCACAGGGACACUGUAUUAGAGUUCUGCCACAUCUUCAUCACUUCGCUUCCGCAUCUACCGCACCUUCGGAAUCCUACCUUAUAUCCAUGUCUACUGCCCCCUUGAAUCCUUCGACUGUAGCAACCAUCGCCGCACCGAAGUAUCCGUUUCUCUCGCAGCCGCCCCCUCAAAAGAAACGCCCCACGCAGCCUCUGCCUUCGCCGCCCGCCCAAGUAUCCGCCAGCCCGCGCAGCCCCGUCCUUGGUCGCCGCCGAUCUGCUACGGCCUCCGCUAUCACCACUUGGGUUCUGAGCGUACAGCCCGGAUCACCUGCUCCGCCCACCCCGAGGCGUAGAACGUCCAUUUCGAGCUCUCGCCGACCAUCUGUCUCCCCGCGUUCCCCUCGGCGCCCUUCUGUAGGGUCGGGCCGCGUGGCCUUUUCGUCCUUUUUGAACGUCUUCGAGAGCCCGACCAAUCCUACCCACAUUACCCCUUCUCUGAAGGACUUCCAGCACGACCUCACCACGGUCGGCUACGCAUCUGUCUUCGUGCAUUUCCCCAAGACGCCUUCCUCAGCUGCCUACCCGGACAGGCACCCAUCUCCGCUCGCGGCCCCCAUCUCUCCCCUGCCUGUUACACUGGAGAAGCCUGCGAAGCGCGGCCUGAAACGCUUCCGCUCGCUGUCCGCUCUGAAAGGGUCCCGCUCGCGCUCUAAGUCUAUCACCAUGCCUUCCAUGCCUUCGCCGUCCUUCAUGACCAGACACGCAGUACCGCCCGUCCCGUCCGCCCCUGCGCACAGUCGUGCGGCGUCGCGCGACGAGGUGAGCAAGUCGAAGAAGUCCAAGUACGCGAAGUACCGCCCGCCACCUCUCGCUACCGAGCUCGCUCUCGCGCAGCUUGCCGACGGCGGGAAGAUGGACGACCACGUCAGGCGCUUCGCGGAAGCUCAGGCGCGAGCAGGUGGUGCGCAGGUGGUCGACGGCAGACUCGUUGGCGUCGGUGACAUCUGGAGGGAUGGCGCCGGCGGCGUCUGGCGUGACCAGGACGAGGAGUGGGAGUACGCUCACCUGCUCGGAGGUGACCAGGACUUCAACGCCAGCGAUGCGUCAUGGGUCCGUUUUGGCUCCGCAUCCGCCGCAAGCUCUGGCCCCGACGAAGAACGGAGAGGAAGCACCUCGAGCCAGGAUUCUGAUCUUGACCCGCGGUAUGCCAUGCAAGCCGACUCCGGGGACGACCUCGCCGUCUUCGGCAGCGCAUUGAUGCCCUCUGCGAUGAGCAAGCCCGGCAUGUCCGUCCUCGCUCUCCCAUCCCGCGCUCGCCGCGCUGCACCGCACCUCCGCAAGCCUGAGUUCCUCCUCGACGUCUUCCCCGUUCCCGAUGGUCCUGCACCUGCUAAGGGCAAGCAGCCACUCUCCCCGCACGUCUCGAACACGCCACAAGCCCGCCCGUUUGGCAAGGAGCGCCGCCGGCCUGCGCCGCUCGCACUCGCUCCUCCUAGCCCCACGGUGAAGGUCCCCGCGAACCCACUCGACGACGUCCGCAAGGAUUUCCUCGAGCAUUCCUUCGCUCCCGCACCCGCGCCGAAGGUGCGCGACGAGAACCGCCACCACCAUCACCAGCAGCGCCCAUCCGAGCCGCAACACAGCUCUACGCGCGUCGACUCGCGCUCAGCCGUAGCGCGGAAGAUCGCUGCCAGCGGGAAGGGCUCGUUGAAGAUGGACGUGCGCGGUUUCCUCAAAGUCAUGGGCGGUAAGAAGGACAUCUAGAUUCUCUCGAUCUCUCUCACC